AUGGGUGCUUCGCAGUCAGCUUUACGUGCCCUGCGUCGCACGCGGCCUGUUGUGGCUGCUGCUCCGCUGGUCUUCUCUAGGCCAACUCUCCAAUGGUACUGUGAGGGUCCCAAGCAGCUGCCAUUGCAGGUGACGCCAGAAUUGCCAGAACCUCUGCACGCGCUGCCAACAAAGGAGCAGCGCGUGCUGGCCCCACCGCCAGAGUUCAAAGAACGCAUGGUCUCGGCUGGCUCCUUGCGGAACAUCGUUCUUCUUGGGUUGACAGGUGCGGGAAAGUCCACCUUGGCGAACCCGAUUUCAUGCACCAUGGCCUUCAAAUCUGGUGAUUCCAUGACAAGUGUGACUCAGGAGGUUCAGCACCAGGAGUUUGAGUACAAUGGUGAGAAGUACCGUGUUAUUGAUACGCCUGGCUUCUUUGACACCACUAUGACACAUGAACAGGUUGCAGUCGCAUUGGACCAGCUUGCAAAGGUUGCCAAGGAAGGAUUGGUAGCCGUCAUCGUCAUUGUAAAGGAUGGACGAUUCACCGAAGAGAAUGAAGCAGUCAUCAAAUUUGUGGAAGCUGUGCUUGGAAGCACGGCCGUGGAAAAGUACAGCAUGCUCGUGGUUACCCAUACGUCCAAAAGUGUUUCCAAGCUGCAGGAGGAGUUGGCCUCCUUACCGGAAGGCCAUUUGGGAAGGACUAUGGCCAGUAAGGUGGGCUGUCGCGUGCUUGGCGUGGACAAGGCCUUCUGGCAGUGGCCACCAUACAAGACAAGGACCAACGUCAUGAGCCACGUAGAGGAGAUCCUGAAAAGCAACGACCACACAGCAAUUGACUGUGAUGUCAUGAAUUGGGGUGCACGCAUCAAGAAACAGCUUGAGCUGGAGUUUGAGAUGCAGACAGCAGGACUUCGCAAGCAGAUGGAAGACAACAGGCGCAAGUUUGAAGAGAACCAGAGGCUCAUGAAGGAGGCCCAUGACAAUGACAAGGCCAAGUUCAUGGAGGAGCAGCAGCACCUGCAGAUUGAAAACAAAAGCAUCAAGGAACUCCUCCAGAAGACGACAGACGAACACAGUCAGAUGUUAAAGGAAAUUGAGAGCGAGAAGUUGAACGUUGCCAGGCAGCUGGAGUCAAUGAACACAAGCCAGCAACAGCUGCAGGAGCAGAUUCGGCGCAUGCACGAGGCUCACGAACAGAGGCUGGACCAGAUGAAGUUCGAUUAUGAGAUGGACAAGCAAAGAGAGAUGCGGGCGAACCAACUUGUACCGUUGCCACGUCAGCAAUUCUAUGUUGAACGACAUGGGUCCGACAGCAGUGAGGCUCUGGCGCUGGCCACGGGUGCUCUCGCUGGUGCAGCAUUGGUAGGCGGCGGUUGCAAUGUGCAGUGA